AUGAAAAAGAAUUAUUGUCAAUGGUGGGUUUUAAUCUUUCUGAUAAUACAGUGUUUACAUUCUGUCAAUUGUUCAUAUGUUGAAUCUUUUCCUCCAAUUGAGAUAAUAGGUGCAAAAUUUUUCAACUCCUCUGAUGGGAGACAAUUUUUCUUAAAAGGAAUUGCCUAUCAACCUCAACGGACACUAGUUGAGUUAGAAGAAAAUGGCGAAACAUUUGAUACUAAUUAUAUUGAUCCAUUGGCAGAUCCAUAUAUUUGUUUAAGAGAUCUAAGUUACUUGCAAGAGUUAGGAAUUAAUACUAUCAGGGUAUAUUCAAUCGACCCAACUCUGGACCACGAUGAGUGCAUGCAUAAUUUGAUGAAAGCCGGAAUAUACGUCAUAUUAGAUUUAGCAGAGCCUGAAACAUCGAUCGUAAGAAAUAACCCUUCUUGGGAUAUCAUACUUUUUGAAAGAUACAAAGCUGUUGUCGAUACUAUGAGUCAAUACCCCAAUGUCUUAGGGUAUUUCGCUGGUAAUGAGGUUACAAAUGACAAAUACACUACGGGGGCGUCUCCUUUUGUCAAAGCAGCUAUAAGAGAUACAAAAAAAUAUAUCAACGAAAAAGGCUAUAGAAAUAUUCCAGUGGGUUACUCCUCAAACGAUGACAUAGAGACUAGGGAUAACCUUGCACAAUAUUUUAUUUGUGGCGACACCAAUGCUGACUUCUAUGGAAUAAAUAUGUAUGAAUGGUGCGGGUAUUCGUCAUAUAAAACAAGUGGCUAUGAAGAAAGAACCAAGUACUUUAAGAAUUACCCCAUUCCUGUAUUCUUUUCUGAAUUUGGGUGUAAUGUUGAUAGACCAAGACCAUUUACUGAGGUAACUGCUCUGUUUGGACAACAAAUGUCGAAGGUGUGGUCUGGUGGCUUAGUUUACAUGUAUUUUGAAGAAGAAAAUAAUUAUGGUGUUGUAAAGGUUGGAAGAGAUGGUAAAAAUAUAACAAAAUUACCUGAUUUUCAACUGCUAAAGAAUCAGUUCUUAAAAAUUGAUCACACUAAAAUUGGUCAAACAAGCUACGUUGAGAAUGAUAUUUUGGACAAGAGUAAACAACCUCAUAGUUGUCCUAAGUUUUCAUUAAACUGGCAAGUUAUGGGAGAACUUCCACCUACCCCAGAUGACGUUGUUUGUAAUUGUCUCACCACAUUGCCCUGUUUGUUAGAAGAUAUGAAUUCCAAUUUUCAGUUUGAGGACUAUUUCAUUGAUAUUUGUAAAAAGACUAAUUGUUCAGAAAUUACGAGUGAUGCAGGAAAAGGAAUAUAUGGAAAAUAUUCGUUUUGUUCAAAUUAUCAAAAGAUAUCCUAUGUUGCUUCGCGAUUAUAUUACGAGAAUAAUGCGACAAUUCCAACUUGUCCUUUUGAUGAAGACAUAUUUAUUCAUAAUGAUGGCCCUAAUGCAUACUUAAAAUCCAAUACAGAUUGUAAGAAAAUUCUUGAUGAUAUUAAAUUGUUGAAUAAUAAACAUUUCCUUCUGGGGUACAAUCCAUAUCCCCCUUUUUUGAUGCCACAUGGUCAGGAUAAUAUAAUAAUUAUCAGAGACGGUGAUGACGAUACAAGCCCACCUAAAGAGAGCAGUAGCUCCAAAAUAUCUUUGAGCUUAAUGAAAGGGUUAACUUUAAUUAUUUUGUUGAUUGUAACCUCAGCUGUCCGAAUAACAUAA